CACGAUUCCAAUCGAUGCGAGUUGAGUGAUGACGAGUGUGAGAUUGAAGGUCAAAUCGCUCACAUCUUCGCCCACCACCAUCACCAUCACCACCACGGCUACAAAGGCAUUCAUUCAUUCCCUGCCCAGCUCUCCAAUACCCUUUCGCAAUGACGCCCGCUCCGACUGCGUCGACCGCAGAUAGAAGAGAAGAGCACACCAACGAUGCAGCCCCUCGAGCAUCAACAUCCACAUCCACAUCCGCAUCCACAUCGGGCUCAUCUUCCGCCUUACCAGCACAUCCCACUCUUGCACCCCCUCUACCAGGUAUCAUACCACCCGGUACUCCCUUUACGCAAUCCUUGCACGAACACUUGAUCUACUUGGACAGGCAGAGCAAUACGUGGAGGUGCGAAGCGGGCGAGGAGAAUGCUAGGCAAGGAAUACUCGAGCUGGAAUGGAGGAUCGCUGCGGUGGUCCCCUCCUCCUCCUCCUCCGUUCCCGCAUCCGAAAGGCAAGAGGAACAGAGAGAUGAGACGUCGAUGUCGACGUCGACAACGAGUCGCAGAGAGGGUCACGGGAGAUGGGUGCCUGUACUGGAUGAGGAGGUGCUCAGGCAACAACAAGCGGCGUAUGGAGUUGCGGGCGUCGAUGAGGAGACGCCAGCUGCACCCAUCGCGCGUCGCUUGGCGAAACGCGGUGCCAUUGCGGAUCAAGGCGAUGCAGCAGCCGAUGGAGAAUCGUCGCGAGCUGGCAAAGCUCGCAAGGUGGGGGAAGCGAAAGCGAAAGCGAAAGCGCCGCGCGCAGUGACCGCCGUGUACGUCACCGGUCUACCUCUCGACACGAGCGUUUCGGAGAUUGCCCAGGUGUUUGGCAGGUACGGCGUGCUUUCGGAGGAUAAUGAAGGGAAUGCGAGGAUCAAAUUGUACACUACGGAUCAAGGCGCGCAAAAGGGCGAAGCGCUGGUCAGCUAUUUCAAAGCCGAGAGCGUGGAGUUGGCUAUUCGCGUGCUGGACGAGAGCUGUCUUCGUGCAGCGCAAGGAAAGACGAGCCCGGUGAUGAGCGUCCAGAAGGCGGAGUUUGGCAGUGCGGAGGUGGGCGGGACAGCAGGGGAGGGAGGUGUUGCAGCUGCUGCUGCUGCGAAGGAGGAAGCCCCGGCAAACAAACCUGCCAAGAAGCCUCUGCGGUCCGACGCGGAGAAGAAGCAAGCAGCGAAGCGAUACGCCAAACUCAAUGGCAAACUCACAGACUGGGAUUCUGAUGAGGACGAUUUCGGACCAAAAGGAGCUCAAGAAAGGCCAAGCGGUGCAGGUUCAUCGACCCAAAGUCGCAUCGUCAUUCUCUUGCGCAUGUUUACGCUGGCCGAGUUGGACGAGGAUCCGACGUUGCUGUUGGAUCUGAAGGAAGAUGUCAGGGAAGAGUGCGAGACGAUCGGCAAGGUCACCAAUUGCGUGCUGUACGAUAAAGAGCCUGAAGGCAUCAUGAGCGUCAAAUUCGCGACGCCAGCAGCCGCGGUAGCAUGCGUACAGAAGAUGGACGGCCGAUUCUUUAGCGGUCGCACAGUGAUUGCCUACUUGGCCGAUUCCAAGCCCAAAUUCCGCAGAUCGGGAAUUGGAGAGGGUAGCGAUGAGGAGGAGGAGGAGGAAGGUAGACGUGCGGAUGCGUUUGGAGAGUGGUUGGAUCAGGGAGGUGGAUGAAGCGCAAGACGGCGGUCUUUCUCCCCCUCUCUCUAUAUCUCUCUAGAGAUCUUCGCAAGAGGGCCGUGCAGCAAGGCAAGUGCAUGCACGGGGUGCGGCCACUUGACUGUCAAAGCUGCGCCUCAGAAGCUUGUGUCGCAGUAGGCGUCUGGCCAAUGGGGCCGCUCCCACGGACUACACCGGUCUGUGCAUCUGGCGGAUAAAGGCUGAACCCAAUGCGCAUCUCGAUAGAUCAGA